UCCAGUCUGCGGCUAUCAGCAGCAUGGCAGCGCAAGAAACAGGGUGAAACACUCGUGUUCGUUUUUUUUUUGUUUGUUUUAACGGUUUAUUUAGUUAACAAGCCACAGCAACCCCAAGUUCGAAGAUCACUGCGUCGGAACAGCCAAAGAAACCCCAGACCGAGUCAAUGUAGGAAAAUGCCUCACCGAAAGAAGAAGUCCUUCAUUGAGAAGAAAAAGGCGGUGACCUUUCAUCUGGUCCACAGGAGUCAGAGGGACCCCCUGGCCGCAGAUGAGACCGCUCCACAGCACAUCCUCCUGCCCGCCGCCAAGGUGGAGGCGGAGAAGCGGCAAGAGGAGCAGAGGAAAUACGGCGUCUUUUUUGACGACGACUAUGACUACCUGCAGCACCUGAAGGAGGCGUCCCGCCAAACUGAGCUGGUGGCUGCUGGCCCCUCCACCCAUUUUCACCUCCAUGAUGAUGGGGAGCAUGACGAUGGAGAGGAAGUUGACAUGGUCAACGUCAUACCUGCUGCAAGCAUCAAGCUGCCAUCGUCGGUGUUUGCCUCUGAUUUCGAAGAAGAUGUGGGACUUCUCAAUAAGGCAGCGCCAAUCUCAGGACCACGUCUGGACAUGGACCCCGACAUUGUGGCCGCUCUCGACGAGGACUUCAACUACGAAGACCCUGAGAACGAGCUGGAAGACGACUUCAUUGUGAAAGCUAACCGUGCGAGUACCGCCAUAGCGCUCAGAGGCGAUGAUGACGACGAAGAUGAGUGGGAGGACACAGAUGAUGACGGUGAUUUCGACUCAGAGAGUGGGCUCUCAGAAGAUGGCCGCCUUCGUGAGUUCCUCUUCUCGGACGAGGAGACGAAGAGUCGCUUCACCGAGUACUCAUUGACCUCGUCCGUGAUGAGGAGGAGCGAGCAGCUCACCUUGCUGGAUGACCGCUUCGAGAAGAUUUACGAACAGUACGAUGACGAUGAGAUCGGCGCUCUGGACAACGCUGAGCUGGAAGGCUUCAUCCAGCUGGACAGCGCUCGACUGGAGGAAGUCAUCAAAGACUACUUUGUCCAGAAAGACAGGGACUCACUUAGGCCUGAUGACUUGGGCCCAAAAGAACUUCCUGUCUUACAAGAGGAGGAAGAUGACGAGGAGGAGGAGAUGGAAACGUUGGUCAUCAAGGCGCCAGAAGAGAAGUGGGACUGCGAGACCAUCAUCAGCACCUACUCCAACAUCCACAACAGACCCAAAGUCAUCGACCAUCCUCCAAGGGUGAAGCCCAUCCGCGUGUCCAACAGGACGGGAGUGCCUCUGGAUGUGCUCCCCACUAGAGGGCCCACCAGCAAGCAGGCGGAGCGCAUGAGCAGGAUCAACGACUCGGACCUCCCUCGCGUCUCCACUCAGGCCCGCCACAAGGACGAGGGCAAGGACGAGAGGAAAGCCCGGAAGCAGGCCAUCAAGGAGGAGCGUAAGGAAAGGCGAGUUGAGAAGAAGGCCAACAAGAUGGCGUUCAAGGAGGAAAAGGCGCGUCAGGAGAAGCAGAUGUUGAACCUGAGGAACAACGUUCAAGGUCUCAAACUGUCGUAAAACAUCUGUAACGUUGUCAAAGCUGGACUAGUUUUACUUCAUGAGCAAGAACUGCAGACGCUUUCUAGAAGCGUCUGCUCUUUCUGGAUUACGACUCCACCCAGCAAACCCUGAAGACCCAAUGGCAAGGUUCAUGAUGUUUGUUUGAAAUCACGUUCUUUUUGUGAUCAUGCUGGUUCAGCUGCUGAGCAUCAGAACAAUUCAGAAGCUCAAACCACACAAAUAAUAAAAACACAUUUAUUUCAGUGGCACUAUCAACUUUCAUACAGUAGACAGCUAAGAGUCUCCUGCCGAGGCAACCUGUUUUUCUGGUUGGUGGGUCGCCGUGGCAACGCUGUGUCAUGCAGGUGUGAUUCUGAAUCAAGGCGCAUUCCAUAAAGGGGAGAGGUGUGGCUCUCCGGAAUACAAACAAAAUGUCUGCUUCCAGAAGUCAUCAGCUUGUGGCAGCUGGAAACAUUCGGAUCACAAGAUGCAUCUCCAGACAAAAGUCUUGGGAUGAUGGCUCACACCUAAACUGACAGCUUGUCUUUCUCAAGUUUCCACACAAUGAAGGUCUGUCUGCUACCUUCUUCCCUCGGUGUACCCCACAGCGGCAUCUCCAUCACCCAGGUCCACCGCCACAUGUGUGCGAUCGUAAACAGACUCCUCUUGUACGUCCUCCACGUGUUCAUCCUCCACCUGCCCCUCAUCCUCUGGAUGGAUGGAAACGCUUUCUGUUGACGUGGACUCAUCUGAGUCCUCCUCGUCACUCUGGGAGAUCAACCGGACUUCUUCCACCCCAGAGACCAUUUCCACCACGCAGUUGGCGUCCAUGUUGCAAUCGCCUUUAGACAAAAUGCGGCUUGGUCGCUGUGAGAGAAUGUUCAAAGGUUUUUUGGGGGUUUUUUUUACACAAGUGUGUGACACUGUUGUUGCAUGCGGAUAUCUUACCAGACUUUUUGGAAGAUCUUCUUUAGUGAUCUUCGUGGUCCACGCCCUCACCUUCCAGAUUAGGACGCCGAUCACACUGAUGAUGAUGAGCAAGACAGUCAGCAGUAGAGCCAGUGUCAUUGCCUCCAAAGCUAACACGGACACACACAAUAAGCCACAAUGCCGCUAAAAGACGGUAACACAGAGAGACACUCACCAUCAGACUGGUGCAAACAGGCAGGUGCCGUCUUUUGGAAUUCAACAUAGCGUCCGGCCCGGUCGCUCAUGGAUCCUGUCAGCGUGACGCAAUGGUCCACUCCCUCUGGGAACAACAUAUGCACUCUGCACGUCUCCUGUUCCAUUUGACACAAUCCUGGGAUGUCACGCUGAGAAUGACAAAAGGACAGUGUUAACGCACAAAAAAAAGUAUUUCAGAUGAUGUGCCGCAAACCUGCUGUGGGAUGCUCUAUGUUGGUUACUAUUAAGAAGGACGUAAUUAUCUUUCUUACGCCAUUUGGAGAUAUAGUGAAGUCCAAAUGGACAGCGUCCCUCCAGGUGACCUGUCUCAGUUCCGGGUAGUAACGGAGCGGAUUCGGGAAGCUCACGACGGUUCCCAAGUCGUCUGCCCUCACAUCCACAGGCGGGAAGUCCAGCUUGCCUGCAGACAAAGCAGCGUCACAUUGGAGCAGAGCGUGGCGGUGGAGAUGGUGUCCGUCACUCACACGUCACAUCGGCCAUCUUCAGCUGGUUGAAGGUAAACGUCUUGGACACGUUGGUGGAGAAGUGUCCCCCCUGUGCGGCCGUCAGCGUGACAUAGUGGACGUCCAUGAUGCUGUCGAGCGAGUCCCACACGAGGGCACUCACGUUGUUGCACUUGUGCUCCGUCGUCACGGUCUCCAGGUAUAGUCUGAAGACAAGAGUUACAAACGGGACACAACAAAAGGUGCGUGGGCGUGACGGUCUCACCUGUCUGAGCUUCCCACAUACACCAGGAACCUGGUGGGCGCCUCGUCUCGGCCAUAAUCCCAGUCCACGCUGGCCAGCGCAUUGUGACACGUCACUGUCACGUUGGUGGGCGGAGCCACUGCAGACAGUGAGAACGUCCACAUUGUUCAUUUUGACAAUGUUACUUUUUUUUCCCCUGUGCUGUAGUGACGCCUGAAAGAGUCGCGCUGGACAUGGAGUGAGGUUGGAGCUCCGGGAGUGUGCAGAUGCAGACCAUAUGUUUUACACUUGGAAUGUUCUUAACUUCUGUUUCCACACUAGUGUCCUAAUGAGCAGAUUAUGUUCUUUAGACUGCGUUAAACAUGCAUCAACAGUCAUUUGAAUUCUUUGGCUGGUUUUCCACGGAUGGCAAUGUGCUUCUUGUUUGUGGUUCUGAAGCAGAGACAGACGCUGUGCACCAUUCCAUCUUUGUUUGCCUCUUCAUCAUCACCGUCCACAAUGUGCCUCUAUUGCUCUGGUGUGUUUAAAAACUAUAUCAACUUCCAGUCUUUGAAAUGUUGUCUGCGGGUAAGUUGAAGAUCACAGGUUAGACCUCUCGGUUGUCCAUCUGAUAUUUGACCAAAUUGAAGACACUUCUUUGUUGGGUUUUUAAAGGUGCUGCUCAAUGUGCCACCCAGGCCCAUGCACAGAUUAGCUACACUCAUAAACCUUUAUAAUAUUUCCUACAGUUUAAGUGUGUCUUUCUGACCAAACAACGUUUUUAUGACUGUCGUGUUGGCCUAUGAGGCAAAGGUGACGGGUGCAGUUUGUACCUUGAACACAUCACGUCUUUGUACUCAAGUGCAUCACAUACUGAAACUUACCUGAUGAAGUUAGUUCUCUUUAUUUUUCUUCAGCUUUUGUCACAUUUGAAAUCAAAUGUUUUGUGAAACUACAUUAAAGUGAAACACACGUUACACCCAAA